CGUCGGUUUGUCGGCCAAGAAUAUUUAAAAUCUCGAAGAAGUGGCGGUUGAGAAAACCUGUCCAGUCCAGAAAAAUAAAAGAAAAUCGAUCCUGAAGAAAGGACCUUUCGGUUUCUGUCUGUGAAAAGUGAAGAUUGUUCUCUCGAAACGACAAAACAUAAUCUGUGCUCAGGUGAAGAGGUGCUGAAAGAAGAAGUUAAUUAACCUUUGCCAAGGAUAGCGAUAAACCGGUUCGAAGAAAGUGAAGCCCACAGUUGUCGAACCCUUUCGAGCAGGAAGUGCACAUUUGAAAUUUCUCAGUGUUUAAGUGCGAGAGAUACACCGGAAGACCAACCCAGAUCAAGUUCAUGGUCAAUCGUAGUUGAUCGUGAAAGUUGCAGGAACGAUUAAAUUCACUGAAAAGAAAGAAAAGAAACGUGAUAAAUCGCUUAGAAAAGAUUUAACAAUGAAAUCAAUCACCGCCUUUCUGAUUUUCGUUGUUAUCCUCAGGAUAGAUAGCACAUUCAGUGCAUUACCUCCCAGCAUAAAGGUGUGCUCCCGGAACGAUCCCAAUCUGAACAAGUGCGUCACCGAUUCGGUGAUCUCGCUGCGACCCCUCCUAGCAACCGGGAAGAUCAGCGAUGACUUCACCAUCCCGCCGCUGGAACCACUUGCCCUGGCCACCGUCAAUAUGGACCGCGGGGCAGAAUUUAAGGCCACCUUCAGCGACCUGCUCGUCAGCGGCCCAAGCAACUUCCAGAUCGACAAUUUGAAGGUAAACCUCGACAAGCUGACCUUCGACUUCAACGUGUACCUGCCGAAGCUGUCCUUCCGUGGAAAGUACGACCUCAAGAUCAAGCUGCUUCUGUUGAACAUUGCCGGCGUCGGAGAUCUCAAGGGAACUAUCGAAAACAAUCGUGCCCGCGUCAAGUUGUUCAACGAGCUGUACGAGAAGGACGGCAAACAGUAUAUGCGAGUCAAGCGGCUGGCCGUCAAGAUCCAGAUCGAGAAGGGUCAUUUCGACAUGAAGGACCUGUUCAACGGAGAUCCGGUUCUGAGCCAGGUCGGCAAUCAGUUCAUCAACGAAAACUCACGCCUCUUCCUGGAUGAGCUAACGCCCGGCCUUGAGCGAUCGCUGUCCGAAACCUUCAAGAACACUGCCAACGAAAUUCUCCAGACGUCCACCCUCGACGACAUCUUCCCGGCCAAGUAAAUGUGUCCAGUGUUGCCAGUCAACUCCUUUUAUUUUCCUGCUCUACGGUCGGGAAAACUUUAAACCAAAAAUUUGUUGAAACUUAACAAACACUAGGUAGCGUGACCUUCUUCUGGUGAAAUCUUUUCUAGUUUCAAUUAACCCUCCGAUCCCCAUCCUCAAACCAUCAAACGAAAGAAAACCGUUUGUGAUAGUCAUGAUAAUUAAUCCCUCAUAUCCUCCUCCCUUAAAUAAGCUAUAAGACAAAACUUGAGGAAUGCGGACACGUUCUGAACCCAUGAUAAGUCAACGCAAUUGGCGAAAUGUGAUAGAAAUCGGUUCAGGUUUAAUCCUACAAACGAGGUUUCAAGUUUUGGUGAUACAAUCUGAUCCAUCUCACAAAAGUUAGUUAGACUCUAUCUAGAGAAUUGAUUGAAUUCAAUUUUUAACCAUAUCUGAGAUACAAACUCCUGCAACUUAAUCGAGAAAUCUAGCAGAUUGGGAUUCCAAAAGUGGCUGUAGCUGAAUUAAACCUUCCGAUUUCGUCCGGAUAUGACGGUGUCGGUGACGUGUCUUUUUCGGAUUGUUUUCGUACGAUCUUGUUCAGAUUUUUACUGAAACUUGUUAACAGAAUUAACUAUGUAAUGAUAAUAGAAAUAUCGAAUCUGUACCAGUGAUGACGCUGAAAUGUGAAGUAGAAUUAAGUCUUUUUAGGGUAGAGUUUACUCUGGAAAUGUAACAUUAAAAUAAUCAAAACGAAA